GUCCUAAAAUAAUCUGCAGAGAAGACUUCACAGUGAAUGUAUCGAAUAUUAUCGGCCAGGCAAUAGGGUCGGUCGAUAUGGCAUAACGGUUCAGAUAUCAGUAGGGUUGUACGGCGGCCAAAGGCGAGAAGAGCAGUGCCCUCGCAGUAUAAAUCAAAACACUCGAGCGAACCAUCGACUUCAAAAGCAUUUCGCCUCUCGGAAAUAAAAUUGCUGAAGCAGCGAUCCGACAGUAGCACGUCGGGCGGGAGUCCUAUUCUGAUUCAGACCAAGACAGAGACCACACGCCAGAAGCGGGGAGGACACACACAUCUAUUUGUCUUGCUUGACGCACGUUCUCAUUUCUCGCAGAUAUCCCGAAUACGGAAUAAGACAAAACACAAAGAGAAUGUGGAACAAUUCUCGACUUGAAGGCAACCACCAGGACCAAACACACUGAUUUCCCCUUGAUCCGACCGACCGGGCCGCAGAACGGGACGCCGCAACAACCAAAUAAGCCACCCAGGCCUCUGCUGGUUAUGAGCAGGGGGUUGGGAGGGAGGUGUGGGGAGUUAACAGACAUACCACCCACGGAUGUAUCGUAGCCCUCUUUCCUUAUGUAUCUGUUUAAUUAACAUGGACCGUAACCACUAGCAAGUCCAUUUUCAUUCCCGAAAUAUCCCCAAAACUAGCCUACUAAAAACAAAUGCAGCAUUUGACCACAUACUGCAUUAGCAUAACAUAGCAAAACAUUACUACUAGCAUAACAGUAUUAACAUAACUAGCAUAACAUUACUAACAUUUGUGUUCUGUUGACAACACUUACAUGCUGCCACGCUUUCUAAUGAUAUACCUUCAACCAUCUAGCAGCGAGUGAUAGUUGGAAACUCGGCUACCAUAGCUUUGGAACUACCCUGCGUAGAUCAGUCAUUCAACCUUUUCCCACUUGUCAAGUGGUUUGAGGGCAGUAGUGAGGUACCUGUUGACACACACACACACACACACUGGAACCAUGCUGAGCAUCCUGGCUGCCGGCACCAUCUUCUUCCCGGGCCUGUUCCUGCUGUCUAAGAGAGGCCUGAAACAGGCUCCAGGCUUGGGCUUGAGCGAGGGAGACGCCACCAUCGUGUCUGCCAGGCUGGUGUCAUCCAUCCAAGCCAUCAUGGCUUCCUCAGCUGGCUACAUCAUCGCAUCCUCCUGUGAGGACAUCAUCGAGGAUCAACACUGGCUUACCAGUACCUACAUCCUGUUUGCGGUGCCCUACUUUGCGUACGACAUCUACGCCAUGUUCCUGUGCUACUGGCACAAGCUGCAGGUCAAAGGGCACGAGGAGGAGGGCGGCAGGCCUAAACCAAUGUGCUCGGCAGUGGCCAGCUACCUGCGCAGAGAGUUCCUCAUGGUGCUGCACCACGUCGUCAUGGUGACCAUCUGCUUCCCCGUCUCCGUGUUCUGGAGACAGGGAAAGGGCGAUUACUUCCAGGGUGUCAUGUUCAUGGCUGAACUCAGCACUCCGUCCGUCUGCCUGGGGAAGAUCCUCAUCCAGUACAAGAAGCAGCACACUCUUCUUCAUAAAGUGAAUGGCGCUCUCAUGCUGGUCACUUUCUUCAUCUGUCGAGUUCUGCUCUUCCCCUACCUCUACUACGCCUACAGCAGGUAUGCCUCCAUCCCCCUCUACACAGUGCCCUUUGGGGCUCCCUGGCAGUACAACGUGGGGGCCUUCUGUCUCAUGGCCCCACAGGUCUACUGGUUCACCCUCAUCUGCAGGGGCGCCUUCCGCCUCUUCACCGGGGCCUCGCGCUCCCGACCCCCGGCUGCACUCAACAAGCAAGAUGGGGGAUGCUACCCCGGCCAGGGAGCCCCUUUACCUCCCCCAGCCAACGGCUACAGUCCCGUCCCCCACCAGGCAGACAGAGAGACUGACACGCACUGAGAAAGAGAAAGAAAGAGGGAGGCAGAGAUAGAGAGGAAGAGAGAUCACUGUGGGGACGGGGCCAGCCAGACCAGGUCGGGGGAGGGAAGACCGAGGUCUGUCAAGGGAAUCUAUUGUACUGUAUUGCAAUGACACUGUAACAUAGGAGAGAGGGAGAGAGAUUGUUUCUCAUCCUCUACCACUCUCUCCCUCCCUCCAUUGUCCCUUUAGAGUUACAUGGACCUCUGGAAGAAGAGAGAGACAGAUUGAAAUAGGAGAGGGUGAAGAAAGAAAGAAAUGUUUAAGGGAGAGAAAUGGAAGCAUAGACAGAAAGACUUGUGAAAGGGCAAGUAUUUCAAUAUUACGUGUCUGUACACACUGAUUUCAAACUGAAUGGGGGGAAAAUAUGAAUGGCUUGAAAAGCAAAAGGAUGAGAGAACACAUUGACGAGCAAUGGUGAUCGAGUGAUACAGAGAAGAAUAGAGGCGGAUUAAGCAAGAGUGAUCAUCUUAUUUGAGUUAAAGAAAUAGAUCAAGUAUUCUUCUCUUGAAAGAGAUUCAACUGCUGUUCAAGAUUUAGGGAAGGAUACAGAAUGAAUAUUAAUGUAUAGAAAAUGUGUAGUAAAUGAUUAUUUGGUGACCAGUUGAUUUUGGUGGCUGCAAAAAGGGGAACAAAGACAAUACCAGUAUUUCAACUUGUGAUCCCGGUCCUGUAUUAUUUGUCCACCAAGAUGAUCCACUCGGGAUCCAUUUGAGCGAGUCUUGUCUUGGGACAUGACAGAUGGACACGCAAACAGCGCCUCUGGCAUCGCUUCGUUCAGCCUUCUCUCCCCUCUGACAUGGUCCUUCUCCCUUUUCUCCUGUUUAGACAACGAAUGUGGGAGGAGGGGAAUGGGGGUUUAUAACAGUUUGUGAGUAAAUGUCAUGUUAGGUUUUUAUAUUACUCUCAUUCAAAGCAUUUUAUUUAUUUAUUAAUGUUGAUUGUUUUUUUAUUUAUUUAUGCGUUGUGAUUUUCCUCUUGUACUCACUCCCCACUUCAAUCAAAAGAGGAGAGGGAGAGAGAUUGAAUGUUGGAGAGACUCAUAGAGGGGGGGAGAAGGGGGGAGUAGUAGACUCGAAUGGGACAAUGAUGCAGCUACGCUGUCCCAGUCAGCCAUCCAUUCAACAUAAUAUAAUGAUCAGGAACACUGCUAUCAUCACCAUGGGUCUGUAAUGUUAGGGAAGGCUGUUGUGGAAUAAGGUCGCCUGCACGCUAAACAAGGUAACCACAUUUUAGAAUCUAGAUGCAUUCAACAGGCGUUCGUUCUCCAGGCUUUCUACAGUCUGCUGAUGUAAGGGUUUCACAGAUGAUCUAAAGCAGUAUUAUGAAGGAUUUCGAGAAAGUAAGUUGGUGUAGUGUGUUCAACGGCAUGGGCGGAAUUUGAAGUAGAUUUCACUGGCAGCUGGUACUCUCUUUUAUGCAUUGAGGGAUUUGUGUGAUAGGACCGAAGAAGAAACACAUUGACAAUGCACUGAAAGAAGGGACUGAUAAGGCUGGAUUGGGAGGGGCAAACACAGGUUCCAAGUUCUCAUUUUUUGCCACUAUUUCAACCACAAUUUUGUUUUACUUGUGAUUUUAAUUCCGUUUUGGCGCUGUUUACUCACGUUGACAGCGUGCAAUGGCACUGAUGUAGCUCAGCUUGGGUCAUGAACGCCAUUUGGGACGAAGCCUAAGUCAAGAGGGUUGAAAUGUGGUCCUUGAAGCUCAAUCCCCAAGGUGAACAGACCUUGAACUCUUGACCACUGCCUUGGGUUGUGACUUGGAGUUGGUUGACAUUGGGACUCUACUAGCCUGGUCCCAGAUCUCUCUACCGGUACAUGGAAGAAAAGUGAACAGAUAGAGGGACUACUGUAUAAUACGCUGAACUAUACUUACGGGCUGUUUUCUGCUGCAUGAUAGGAAUGAGAGAAUGGCUUUUUUGACCAUUGGCCAAUAUUAACCUGGGAACACUGUAACUCUUAACUUAGUUACUAUUUACAAUGGUCAGUUAUGGUACUGUUUAAAAUGGCUUAUUGGGGACUUAUUCAUCUCCGCACCCAGAACCAAAUCAGCUACUCGAUUUUAACAUUUUGAAAUGUUUUUUUUUUGUUUUCAUGCUUUAUAACUGAUUUAAAGGUACAUUGGCAAAUUGUAUGAUCAACAUUCUUUUCCAUGUAAAUAAAGUAGACCUAAGCCUCCGGCAAGGGAUAUAUAUACUGGAGUUGAUCAUACAAAUCAAAUAUCAUUCCUCAAAAAUGAAUUAUAUGUUCACAAAUGUCAGUUGUAACAAAGAUUAGGGUCGAAGUUCAGCUUGACAUUGUGAUUGAAAUGUAAAGGCAGUGUUCCUCAUCUGACUGAAAGAGGUCGCUGAAACUGCCACUAAAUAUCAUUUGCAGUCGAUGGCAAUGGUUUAGUUUCAGAAGAUGUGCUUUGAGUGAGAGGCGUUGGAGUUAAAAGACAAGAUGGUGACAAUUUAAGCCAAAACGGUAUCUUCUAACGUCUACUGUUGCAACUGACUCCCUCUAGUCUAUUAUAAAUGAUGCCUUCAUGUUAAACCCUAUGAGCAAAAUAAUGUCUUUCCACCAAUUUUGCUCACUGGGAAGUGUUAACUCCCAAACGAAAACGUCAUUAAUUUUACCAGUUUACAUGUCCUCUGUCAUGUAAAAGUAUUACAACAACAACAAAUCUUCCAUAUUGUUUAUUUUAUUAAUUUAUUUGAAUGUGUCUAUUUAUUGAAUGGGUUUGAAUGUACAUACGAAUACAUGUAUAAAUGAUAUAUAUCCUGUACGUAUGGGUUUGUUGACUGCUGCCUGACUAACUGUGGGCUCUACUGUGUAAACUCCUGUCUGUAUCUGAAAUGACAACCUGUUCCCUACAUCGUGCACUACUUUUAACCAGGGCCUUGUUAAAAGUAGUGCACUACAGUAUGUAGGGAACACUGUGGUGCCGUUUUGGACGCAGAACUGUUCUGUUGGCCGACAUAUACUCUGCUCUCCUCUUCUGCUCUGACUACCAACAUGACAUCAGGAAUCUACCAUUCUAGCACCACUGCAAUGCUUUUGAAAAGAAGCACCAGUCUCAUCGUGGUGGAGAACUUUGAGUGAAGUUUUGCUUUACUUGCAACAGAUUGACCAAUAAAAUCGUCCCCCAUUGUUUGUGCAUAAA